AUGUGGACUAAAAUUGAAAAAUUAAUUGGUGACAAAAAGAAAAGCAGCGAAAUAUUUGACUCCAUUAGUUUUAAUAAUCGUUAUUUAAAAAAUGAACUUGACAUAGCAAACGGGUUCAAUAGAUAUUUUGUAAAUAGUAUAAAACAUAUUAUUAAGGAAGUUGAAAGUAAUGAUGUAUCCACUGGAUAUAAUCAUAAAGAGCUUGUUGAUAAUUUUGAUAAUAGUAAAAUAUGGGGAAAAUUUGAUGAGGUAUCAGUAUUGGAAGUUGAGAAAAUUAUUAAUAAUUUAGAUGUAAAUAAAGGUGCAAAUAAUGAUUUAAAUGCUGUGAUAGUCAAGAAAAUUUGGGACUGUAAUCGCAAUAUUAUUCUAAGUAUGUUAGAUUGUUCGUUAAACUUAGGUAUAGUUCCUAACUGCUGGAAAGUUUCUGUAAUAACACCAAUUUCAAAGAUUAAAAAUAGUGACAAAGCUGAAAAUUUUAGGCCCAUAAAUACUCUUCCAAUCUUGAAACAGAUUCUAGAGCGAAUAGUGAAGACCCAACUUGAGAAAUUUAUCGAGGAUAACGUUAUUUCGGACGUAGGUCAAUCUUGUUACCGAAAAUAUUUCUCAUGUGAGUCCGCAUUGCAAGACUUACUUACUAAAUGGAGAAAAGAUCUAGAUGAUGGUAUGUGGAUUAGAAUAAUAUUUAUUGAUUUUACAAGGGCAUUUGAAACGGUAGACAGAAAAGUACUCAUUGAUUUGUUAAGAAAGAUUGGAUUGAGAGGAAUUGUGUUGGAUUAG